UGAUGCCCCUGCUAACCCCAGCGGUAGCCCAUUCUUGCUUCUCACCUCACUAACGAGAGACGACCAAAUGGCUGGUUCCAUUUUUGCUAAGCUGCAUACGUCCGCCCCUGGAGAAGCUUUUCGUGCGGCCAUGGCUGGAGGAGCAGGAGGAGGAGAGGGCGUACCUGCGCCUGGUGGCACCUGCCAGAGGAAUCUGCCGGCACAGGCUCGACACAAGAACGAGGCAAGGCCGGCGUACACCGUCCCCGGCGUCCCCAUGCCCAUCUGGCCAGCUCUGGAGCUGCAGGCAACGCGGCCAGAGGCCCCUCCGUCCCCAUCUCGGCAGGGGCUCAAGGCCAAGGCCAAGGCCAAGGCUGGUGAGAUGAAGGAUAGAGUGGACAAGGCAUUGCACCAGAAGUUUUCUUCGAUUAUCUUGGGAAACAAAGACAAAACGAAGUGAGACGGUCGAACUGUGGGGAGCAAUCAAUUGUUGAUGUUUGAAGUCUGAAGAUCAGCCAGGAUAUUGCCAUAGUGGUGCGUGGAUGAAUAGAACGUACAGUCUUGGCUCUUCACCAUUUCGUUAGCAUCAGAGCAUGUGUGUUUAAUUAGUUCAGUAUGUCUUUUCAAAAGAAAAAGUUCAGCGUGCCAAGUCUACUUGUAUGCGUACUGCUGCAUGCGUGUGGUGUGCAUGUAUGUAUGCCAAACUUGACAUGGACAUGUCUAGUGAGAUGAACUAGUCAAGCAACUAGAACGAAAUGGCUUUUGUCGU